CUGCAGGGUAUAGCUUUCUUGGAAAACAAGAGACUUUGUAUAUAAUCCGAAUACAUCAUGUCUUGGCCCAUAAUGCGCUCCUUGCCGCCGGAGUAUAUCGUUCCCACUCUGCAACCAAUUGGAUCAACAACAUGAGUUUGGUGAAGUCCCGCCGCCCUCUCUUCAACCUCGUCGCGAGUCAUCAUCUCCCCGUCCCCCGCUCUGCUCGUCACAUCUCCACCGCUCCUCCGCCGCUUCUCCGCCAACCAUCCACAUCUGUAUCUCAACGUCACCUCCCUCAUCCCUUCUCCGCGGCGCCUGCUGCCGUUCGUCACGUUGCCUACUCCCGCGAGCCCAACACCAGUUAUGAUAUUAAGCCAAUUGAGCCACCGCUGAACUGGGGAAUUCGUAUGGUGCCUGAGAAGAGGGCGUAUGUGAUUGAGCGAUUCGGGAAGUAUGUGAAGACGCUGACUCCUGGACUCCAUCUCUUGAUACCCUUUGUUGACAAAAUCGCAUAUGUCCAUUCUUUGAAAGAAGAUGCCAUUCACAUUCCCGACCAGCCUGCUAUUACCAUGGACAAUGUCAAUGUUCAAAUUGGUGGAGUUCUAUAUGUCAAGGUAGUGGACCCUAAGUUGGCUUCAUAUGGAGUUGAGAACCCUUUGGAGAGCCUAAACGCAAAAAUAGUGAUUGCUAUUGGCGAAGCUGCAAAGCAUUGGGGCUUACAGUGUCUUCGUUAUGAAAUAAGGGAUAUAUCUCCACCGCACGCAGUUAAGGUAGCAAUGGAGUUGCAGGCUGAAGCAGAGCGCAAAAAGCGAGCUCAAAUUUUAGAAUCUGAAGGAGAAAGACAGGCAGAUAUUAAUAUUGCAGAAGGCAAGAAGAAUGCAAUGAUUCUUAUUGCAGAAGGCAACAAGAGUGCAGUGAUUCUUGCAUCAGAAGCGGCCAUGCUCGACCAAACUAACAGAGCAAAAGGAGAAGCAAAUGGUAUCCUUGUAAAAGCAGAGGCAACGGCGAAAGGAAUUGCUGCUGUGUCACAUGAACUACAAAAAGUUGGGGGUGUGGAGGCAGCUAGUUUAAGAGUAGCAGAGCAAUAUGUCGAUGCCUACCGCGAGAUUGCCAAACAGGGAACAACGAUAGUUUUCCUUCCAUCUGGUGCUUCAGAAACUUCCACUGCAAUAGGUCAAGCCUUGACGUUGUACAAGAGUAUGCUAGGCAAAGAAAAUGCUGAUUGAACAAAGGAAGGAACCAACCGAAAGUAUCAUCAUUUUAUUUUGGAUAGUAGACAUCCGUUUGUUUAUGUUAGUGAUUUAUACUCUUAUGGUAAAGAAUAAAAAAUUUUAUGCCAUUAUUCUUCACUAUCACUUUUGCCCUAGCUGGUUUCAAUCUUUUAUUAUUUUGAUAAAGGUUGUUUAGAAAUUAUUUCUUUCUCCAUAUAACAUAACUGUAUUAGUCAUUCAUUGCUUAACUGUUUCAAAAAAAAUUACCAAAAUAUAUCCAACUCCGAUUCAUUAUAUUUAAAAAAUCUUUACCCAUUUU